AAAAAAAUAUUAAAAUUUUAAAAAUGCACCGAUAAUUCCAUUUUUUUAAAAUUUUAAUUAAAAUUUUUGCGUGUAAAAAUUGUUGACUAAUUUUUUAAAAAGGACAACCUUUUGAAAAUUUUUCAUUUGGGUCAGAGAAAAAUUCGAAAUUCCGUUGGGAAAUCAAGGAAAAGUCAAGGAAAAACGAAAUGAAAUUUUGGUGGUAACCUUGACAUUAAAUUUUGGUAAAAUUUUUUAUCUGUACUAAAAAUUUUCUGUCAGGAAAAAUUUUUUAAUGUCAGGGAAAAGUCAGAGAAAUUAAAAAAUGAAUUCUUGUGGCAAUCCUGUCUAUAAAGUAUUGUUAUGUAUUUUAUGUGAAUAUUUUAACUCGAUUAAACUAAACAAUUUUUUAGGCUUACCAGAAACUUUCAAUUUUAAUUGAAAAAAGCAUCCCACAUGUUGAAGGAGCAGAUUCACCGACCGAGGUUUCAUUUCCGAAUCUAGUGAUAGAAACCAAUGAAAUCGUUUCAUUGCCAAAGGAAAACGAAGCAGUUUCUGAUGAGCCUCUGCCUAAGAUGUUAAAUGCAGGCAUUCAAACUGAUUUAACAUCAUGUUUGUUGGAACUUAAUUUCGAUGAUAUGUGUAUAUCAGAUUCUCUUAUUCGUGACCUUAAAAAGAGGCUUAGAAAGUUUGGUUUGCACGAGGAAGCGUUUAAAGAGAAUGACACAAGGACUAAGUAUUUAACUGGUUUAGAGAAUUCGAAAAUCCUAUUCCUUAUCCAUGAAACAAUUGCUCCUUAUCUUCCUAUGAAUAAUACUAAAUUGUCCACUUUUCAACAACUAGUUUUAACUUUGAUGAAACUUAGGUUAAAUUUGGAUUUUAAGUACUUGGCUGAUAGGUAUAGCGGUUUGCGUUUAUACAUAGUUGUGUAUUUGUAUAUAUCAGGGUUACCACGGUGUCGGGGGGGUUUGUUAAAAUUCAUUAUCUGUACUAAAAAUUUUCUGUCAGGGAAAAGUCAGGGAAAUUGAAAAAUGGAUUCUUGUGGUAACCCUGUACAUAUAUUGUAAUAUUAACUAGUCUUUUCUGAGUUUAUAGGUUCAACGUGUGCCAAACAACAGCUUCAAAUAUCUUUCACUGAUGUUUAAAUGUGCUGUACGAUAUGUUCCAUGGACUGGUGUAUUGGCCAAGCAGAGACGAACUACAUGCAACAAUGCCGACUUGUUUUCAGGAGAGUUUUGGUGAUAGUAUAGCUAUUAUAAUUGAUUGCUUUGAAAUUUUUACUGAAACACCUUCUAAUUUGUUGACAGCUGCUCAGUGUUGGUCGCAUUACAAGCAUCACGAAACAGUUAAAGUGCUGAUUGGAAUCACACCUCAAGGAACCAUUUCAUUUAUAUCAGAAGCUUUUGGAGGACGAAUAAGCGACAAACAAAUAACAAAAGAUUCAGGAAUAUUGGACCAUUUGAUACCUCAAGAUGUUGUUCUGGCUGAUCGCGGUUUCUUAAUUGAAGACUUGCUGACACCAAUGCUAGUUACUUUAAAAAUGCCAGCUUUCACGAAAGGUAAAUCACAGCUUCACCCUUUGGAAUUAGAAGAAACUCGGAAAAUUGCUCACGUUCGCAUCCAUGUUGAACGUGUCAUCGGAGCUUUGAGACAAAAAUUUGGAAUCUUACAUGAUACAUUAACCAUUGCUAUGCUAGCGACAACAGAGGGAAAUGUAAGCCAAUUAGAUAAAAUUAUUCGUGUUUGCGCUGCGUUGUAUAAUUUAAAUACUUCUAUCAUAUCUUAAGCAUGCAAUUUAAACUUUUUAUUUGUUCGGUGGAAAUUUAAUUUUGGGUGAUUCAUCAUCUUGAAAAUCUAGUAAUUCUAUAAUAGUAUUUUUCAUGUUUUUAUUGUACAAUUUCAAAACUAAAAAUUUUACUUAAUAUUCUUAAUGAUAAACGAAAUUUGUUAGAUGAUAAAUCAUUUAAAAGUAAAUUUAAAAGCGAUUAAUCAAGGUUUGUACUCAAACGGGGCUUAAUGUACAGUGAAACUUGAUCUGAUUGCAUUUAAGACAUGAUUGGGAUUUUUUAAUUUCUUUCUAAUUUUUGGCUGGUGUGCAAUUUAUUU